UAUAAUGAACAAACAACAAUGUGUUUCCCUGACCGAGAUUAUUCAUAUAUCUUCUUCGGCCAUGGCAACGAGAAAGGCCUUCUUCGUGAUCCUCAUCGCAUUACUGAUUUCCAUCCUCGUAGCUGUUCCUACGAGAGCACAAUCGAUCGGCGUCUGCUACGGUAUGCUGGGGAACAACCUCCCUCAGCCCACCGCCGUCGUCAACCUCUACCGCUCCAACGGAAUCGGCAGGAUGAGGCUGUACGACCCCAACCAGACGGCGCUACGAGCUCUAAGGAACUCCAACAUCCAACUGAUCAUGGACGUGCCCAGAACAGAGCUCCAAUCCCUGGCCUCGAAUCCCUCUGCCGCCGCCAAUUGGGUUCAAGCCAACGUGGUGGCCUUCUGGCCUAGCGUCUCGUUCCGCUACAUCGCCGUCGGAAAUGAGCUCAUCCCCGGCGACGCCGCAGCGCAGUACGUCCUCCCGGCCAUGCGCAACGUCCAGACCGCCUUGUCCUCCGCCGGACUUCAAAAUCAGAUCAAAGUAUCGACGGCGGUGGACACCGGCGUGCUCGGCCAGUCCUUCCCGCCUUCAAACGGCGCCUUCUCAGCCGCGGCGCAGGCUUACUUGGCCCCAAUCCUCCAGUUCUUGAGGGGAAACAACGCCCCGCUCUUAGUCAACGUCUACCCUUACUUCAGCUACGCCGACAAUCCCUCCCAAAUCUCCCUCGCAUACGCCCUGUUCACGGCCGGCGGCGUGGUCGUGCAAGACGGCCAGUUCGGCUACCAGAACCUAUUCGACGCCCAAGUCGACGCCGUCUACGCCGCGCUGGAGAAGGCUGGCGCGGGAAGCGUGGUCGUGGUGGUGUCGGAGAGCGGGUGGCCGUCGGCCGGAGGAUUCGCAGCGAGUGUUAACAACGCGCGGACGUACAACCAAAAUUUAAUCCGGCACGUCGGAAGGGGGACGCCGAGGAGGGCUGGGAGAGCGAUCGAGGCUUACCUGUUCGCGAUGUUCAACGAGAACCAGAAGAGCCCCGGCGUGGAGCAAAACUUUGGAUUGUUUUAUCCCAACGGCCAGCCGGUUUACCCUAUCAGCUUUAGCCAAGGCGCCAUUGAUGAAGUCGAUGGGCUUGCAGACGUUCGAUCAGUUUACUAGUUACCUGAAUCGUAAUUAAAAAUAAAUAAAUCCCUUAACUGGCAGUGGAUGUGGACUUUUCAUCGACUUCUUAAAUGCUGCAUUGAUUUGGAAGUCCAGGGUUGUUGGUUGUAUCCAUCAAAUAAAAUAAAAUAAUGAGGAAAAAUCAAAUGGGCAUUUUAAAUUAUGUAAA